CAGUGUGACGUCUCCCCGCUGUUCAAACAGACCCGGGAAAAAACUGUGAGUGAACACAGACGGAACGCAGCAUCAGAACCGGAGCCGCUCACCGUCUGUCCGUCAUGGUUCAGGAGUUUCAUGUCGUCAGGUGUUUCACCUGUCAGAGCUUCCAGGUACAACAGGUGAAGAAGGUGAACAAGUGGAGCUGUAAACUGUGUGGAGUCAAACAGUCGCUGCUGAAGGAGUUUGGGCGGGGCUCCGGGGCCGACUGCAGACGUCAUGUGCAGAAACUGAACGCCAUGAGAGGAGCCAGGAUGGAGGAGCAGGAGCAACAAGCCUGGUCGCUAUGGGAACAGGUGGAGGCAGAAGGAGAGGGUGAGGAGGAGUACGACCAGGUGAGCCAGACUCAGGUGAGCCAGACUCAGGUGAGCCGCUGGAGCAAGUACCUGGACACACCUGAAGAGGCGGAGCUAGAGGAAGAGGAAGAGGAGAGUGUUUUGAUGGACAGGCAGCAGCUCCAUGGCAUCAACAUGACUAACAGGAAGAGAAAGAGAAGAGAAGGAUGGACAGAUGGAGGAAAGCACAGCUGGACACCUGAACAGCCACACUGUUCCAGUAUGAAGAAACCUGUGAGAUCUUCAGCCACAAACACCAGUCCAAACCCCACCAGUCUGAACCACCCAAGAGAAAACCACACCAGAACUACCAGUCUGAACCACCCAAGAGAAAACCACACCAGAACUAUCAGUCUGAACUCCCCCAGUCUGAACCACACCAGUCCUUCCAGUAAGAAGAGCAUUAAUCCUCCCAGUGUGCGUACUGGUCCUGUGUCCAGGUGGGCUCAAUUCCUCAGUUCUGACUGUCAGGUAGAGGAGGAGCCUUCAGCCAGUGGGUGGAGUCAGACAGUGGUUGGGGCUGCCCCUCUGUCCUGUAACAACACUAUCAAUGAGGCCCCACCCUUUACCAGGCCCCGCCCCCUACUUCCUGCAUCCUCCAUGUUUGAGAGUGGCGAAGAUUUCAGCUUUGAUGAGUUCUAAACAGACUGAACAGAUGAUUGAUAUUCUGUUGACAGACUGAUCCAUUCAUCAGCCAUUGGUUUAUAUAUGAUACAGUGUGUUAGUCUGUGAACAUUAAAGACAGAGACCUCAGAGUGUUUAAGUUUUUGUGUAAAAAUAUGAAUAAAAAUGUUUUUAAAAAGUA